UUAAAAAUGAAUUUAAAAAAGCAUUUGGUAGUCCAGCCACUGACCACCAGAUCCUCAUGAAUAUCAGCAAAAUGAGGAUGAAAGAAGGAGAUCACGUGCCGGAAUUUGUGAUUGGAGUACAGCAAAAAUACCAGUCAAUGCAAGCACCACCCUCAUAAGCCGAGCAAGUGGAGAACAUUAGGAACCAUCUCACAGAUGACUUACGCAUGCUCGUAUUUAGCAGGCCAGUGUACACGUACGAGGAUCUCUUGGACGUGGUACACGAGGCAUCGAGAUGCAUUCAAGAGGGACAAAAAACAGCAUCCAGUGAUAAAACGGUCCGGUUCAGAGAAAAAUCUCGUUUCGGCUUAUUACACACUGCAGAACCUGACGAUGAUUGAAAUGGAAUUCACUACGUGUAAUGCACUAAACAAUUUCUCAUCUCAGCCUGGGCGAGGGGGAUACAAUUCUAAAUAUGGAGCACAAACAAGGGGAUAUCAGAGAUCCUCAAAUUUUGUUCCAGCUCAGAUUCAAGGAUCGGGGACGCGGAAUUUAUCGAACGCAAAUAACGGAGAUCAACCGGCUCUAGCAACAAACUUUGGGUAUAAUCAAACCCCCAUAUAUAUACCCAGAGGUAACCGCCCCUGUUUUAAAUGUGGGAUACCGGGACACACAUUCGAUGUCUGCGAAAACCCAAGACAAGAUGUGUGUAAUAUUUGCCACGCGUUUGGUCAUACAAGGUUAAACUGCAGUUUAAGGAAGACGGGGGUUGCCACUUCUUUCCAGGUAACAAAUCAACUACGAGACAAUAGCCUAGUAGAGUCUAUUGACACACAAGAAAGUACGCGGGAAAAAAACAAGUAGUACCUGUUCUCUCAGAUUCCCCUAAAGAACAGGUUAAAUCGGAAAUUGUUAACGCGGGGAUAAAAAUAAACACAAAAACAAAGGCUACUAAGCAUCAAACUAAUAAUAAUUGCAGUAUAAAUAAUAAAUCCAGAACCAAAGAUGAGGAUAAAAUGAAAACAAACAAGCAGAAGAAACGUAUGAGAGGGAGAGAAAUAAAAGAUCGAGCCAGAGUCUCAGCGGCAGUAGAUACGGCCCAUCGGUCCGACGCCACGUACACUGAUACGAGUGGGGAAAUAGUACUCUCUGGGUUAGUAGCUCAACUGCCAGCUGUUCAUUUAGCUCGAGACAUAGCGUACCACAAGUUAAGUGGGGACGGUGCGCGGGCCUCUGAGCAACGAUCAACUACUCAUUCAAUAACAGAAGUGAGGGGUCGGUCGGCCAUCAUGAAUUCAAGCGUGAGUGGGGAUAGCAAGACAGCCUCCGGCGCAUGCUCGCUUACCGGCGGGACGAAUACAAUGUUUAAAUCAGAAAAGCUUGGAGUGAGUGCAAGUAAUUUUAGGUUAAAUAAAUUAACGAAUGAUUCUUACCCAAUUGAUGUAGGUUUAGUUAAUGAAGAUGAUAAGAAUAAUUUAGAAAAUAAGUAUAGUUUAAUCGAUUUUAAAUUAAGCGGGGAGACUGAAGCAGAGAGAACUCUACCACCCGGGGAAAGGCCGGCUGAAGGUCAUUGGAUUUCGCCACUUCCUUUGGAGUUGGAUAAAGAGGGUAAUGAAUUUACUCAAGCAAGAAAUCAGGUGGGGGAAUUUACCCAAGAUUUACCACUAUUCUUGUGCAUGAAUGUAAAUAUACACCUGAUAUCGGAAGACAAAGUUAUGGACUUGAUAUGUCAUUGCCAGUGCGAGUUAGAUGCAGACGUAGCUCACCAGGUUGUUUUCUUAUUUGAAAAUCAAUUUAAGCUUACUGCCCCAGAGGAAACUUAUUUCCAAGAGAUUUUACCAGUAUAUGAGAAUGAGCGUGAAGAAGCUACAUGGGAGGCGGAAUUGGAUUCUGGGUCCGAGCCAGAAGCUCAGACACUGAAGAAGUUCCUCUGGACAGUUCAACAUGCCACCCGAGCUCUUCUCGAGAAUCCUUUCUCCCUAAUAUUUUAAAACUCCAACCAUUAUCAGCAGCGGUGAGAUAUAAGCUUGCUGAUCGGAAAAUUUUUAUCUCAGGUACAGGUUCACGUGCACCUACUAUCACAGCAAGAAUACCCGUAUCCAUAUGGAUUUUUGGGGUAAAAUUGAAUGGUAUGAAAGGUCUUAUAUAAAUGCUAAGGUAUAUGAGAACAUCAAUAAAUAUGCCUCCGGGGAGCUCGAAAUUGAUGAAACUCACAAACGAGGAGUGCUCCUAGCAAAUUAUACUUCCUGCAAGACGUGGCGCACCAUUUAUUAUCCAAAUAGACUUAGUAGCGGGUGAACAAUAUUUUAGCAUCCUGGAUGACUUAAGCCACUUUGUGGUACUUAGGAUGGAUUUCGCUAUCCAGUUUGGGUCGUCAUCAAUUGUGAAACUCGGACGUGGCGGUUGAGCGCCAGUUCAGUUGAAUACCGAUUUAAAAAUAUCUCUUGUCGGUGUCACGAUCGAAGUGAGUGAAGGCAACGGGCGAAAGGGUAAUUUGAAAUCUAUUAUUUAAUAUCAGAAUGCAGAUUUUCCUUUUUCUAUAACUCAGUCAAGGAGUUCGAUUGAACCUCACGUGGUUAGUGUGAGAAUAUAGGGAUUUAAGCACCGAUUAUUAAUUAAUAGAUUAAUGUAUGAAAUUAUUUUUAUUCUGUCAUCCAACCAAGGAAUUAGAAUCACGUGGCUGAUAUAAGAAUGUUAUAAUUUCAUGUUACUCUACAACUUAUUUGUCUAAUUGUACCGAGCGGAUGUACUAUAGACGGUCCCGUUCAAUGACCUGCGUGGCGUUAGGGUAGGUCAGGGAUUUUCUAAGCGAGAGGGAUAUUGGGUCGAUGAAUAUGGGCCCUCGAGAAGACCGUGUUCUUUCUCUGUCUUACUUUAAAGUUACUAUGACUUAAAUUACCAGCACUCGAAUGCCAGAGAAAAGGACAGUAAAUGAAAAGACAAAUGUAUACAAAAAAAACAUGUGUAGUAUAUUGACAGAUUUUAAUUUUACAAAAUAUUAUAAUAAUGAACUUACCCCAAUGGGUUGAUAUACCUGCACACACACUCACUUCAGAUUCACCAAUUUGAAUCUUGUGUACACAGGAGGUUACAAUGUUUUUAUGGUUUUUAUUGAGAUUUACAGAUUAAAUCUUUUCACGAGAAUGCUAUGCACGCUGAACCGAUAGGCUGGCUUUGCUUUCUAGUGAAUUUACGAUGAUAUAUAUAUAUAUAUUCUUUAAAUGAUUUUUAUAAGAAGUAUUAACUAUUCUUGAACAAGGACUCCGAUUGCUUAAGCGGUGGACGUCACGUGAAAGAGUUUAGUUAAUUUUAUCGCGAACUCAAAUGAUUUUACUCUAGGUAUCCAACCUAGGAGUCCAGAUGCCUAGGCGUAGGACCUCACGAGGAAAGGUUUUAAAAAUAAAAUUCAAGUCGCGUAAUUUAUAUUAUAAAUAAAAGAAUCGAGUUGCGAUUAUCGAUCUAGGACCCCCGAUUGCCUAAGCGUGGAGCGUCACGAGAACGAAUUUUGAAAUCGACUCAGUGAGUCUUACUCGUGGAUGAAUCCGAUUAUCGAUCUAGGACCCCCGAUUGCCUAGGCGUGGAGCGUCACGAGAACGAAUUUUGGAUUCUUACUCGCGGAUAGAUCCGACAAGGGUUUUAGUUGCGGCGGUAAUGACUGACUUUGAUUAUUUUUCCGGGGUUUUUAUAUGAAAAAGUUUGAAAGAAAAGUGGGGCCGAAGAUGCCUCUUGCAUAGGUUAAAGACGAAGAAGACAAUAAUAUAGAAGGGUUUGAUUUCUUUUAGACAGCUGAGAAUGACAUUUUAUUACGGGAGUUCUUGGAAUUUUGUAGUAAACAGGAUGUAAAUAGAAAAAUAAGUCCGUGGUGUACUGCUUAAAAAUAAUGUAAUUAAUAUAUGAUGACAUUUAUGAUCGAUAUAUUACAUACUCUAGGAAAAUAUAAUUUUAAAAAUAAUACAAAAUUGAGAUGAAAAAUCUCUAGUGAUAGGUGAAGGAACGGAGAGGUUCUGUGGGGGACCAUAUAAAUUUUUAGAGACUGCGUGUCUAUGAUGACAUUUAUUAUCAAUAUUUUAGGUGAUUCCGAGAAAUGUAAUUAAAAUUUAAAAUAGAAGAGCUUCCUAUGGUGGAAAAGGGAAAAGUAAGAAUCCGCGGGAGACCGUGAGAUUCUGUAAAAACGAUGUUUCUCCAAAAUAUAUAGUGACAUUUAUUACCGAUAUUUUGGACACUUCUGAGAAAUGCAAUUAAAAAUUAAAAAUAAAAUAAAAUUAGAGAUAGAUUUCUACAUUGGAAAAGAAAUAGUAAGGAUCCGCGGGAGACGUGAGGCCCAUUGGUAACAGAUGGUUAAAAUAGAAAGGUCGUAAAAAUUUGAGUUGAACUAGAACAGGGAAAUGUUUUGACAAAUUUAUUGAGCCCUUUUCGGUGACUUUUAUGAUGACAAGGGACUCGCGGCCGCGGAAGAUUCAGAGAAAUCUUUUCGUGGGACAUCUGGAAGACAUUAAGUCGGUGGAUUCUUUAUAAGGGAUCGGCCGUAGUGGUGCAGCUGUGCAUAGAGAAAGAAAGACGUACUAUUUUCUAGUUGCUUGUUCUUAUCUACGUCUCUCUCUCUUGUAACUUGACCGCUCAUACUCGCAUACCUUUCUGUGGGAAUUCAGAGCAAGCCCAAAAUACGUCAUAGAUAUCCACAUAUGGUCAACGUACGCAUACAUAUAACACUCACAUAUGUACAAACUCAUGCACAUAUACACAAGUGCGGAUACUCCUGUAUUAUUGUAUCUUUGGUGAGUGUGCUCCGAAUUCUCCAGGUUAAUUCUUAUAAAAUAAAAAAAAAAUAAGAGAAAAAUAACUGAAUUUAAGGUUCAGUUGAGUGGUGACUCAGGUGUACCGAUUGUUACAUCUCUACCCCCAGAGUCGUCAUCGCCCUCGAUGACAUUAAUUUAUGCAAGGAAAUUUCUUUGCUUAAAUGUAAAUGAAUGAGGAUAGGUCAACCUGAAUCACCAAUCAAUUAAUUUUUAAAAUUGAAUUAUUUGUUACAAUUAUGCUCGAUGAUCGGAAAAAUCCUUGGACUUCAAGUGGUAGUUGCUUGAUGGCUUGGCACAUGUGUUGGCUUCUUCUCUCUCCUUUUAAGGGACAGUGCAUCUAAGGGUGAUGGUGACAUAUUUUAGUUAAUUCUAAAUUUCUUAGCGUUGUCCUUGUGGGCGUUGUCUUAGGCGUUUUGUUUUCUUAAAUGUUUGGGGUAGUGGGAAGAAUUUUGAAACUCGAUUGGUUCUUCUCGAAUCCUACCCUUGUGGAUCUUUGUAUCCUUCGUGGAUUUAAAUACCUGUGAUUUUCUCGUGAUCAUCAUUCUCUGGUUUUCUCCUUGUCGUGACAAGUUAAAGUUAUAGUGAAGUGAAAAUGUCUUUUGUAAUCAAGACUGAAGAACUUGAGUCGACGGAAGAAAUCAUCGUCCAGGAGGACGUGUCAUCUGAUCAGCUGGCUGUUCCAUUUGAGGACGGCUUUGUAAAUUCAUUGUCCGUCGAGAUGGAUCCGUUAGGGGUCCCAUCAGAAAAUUUAUUCAGGGAGGACCAGUGGAUUUGCGGCUCUGGACCCUCUGAUGUAAAUCCAGAGGUUCAAUCCAUAGUGGAGGAGUUGCUGGUGCAGAACCAGCGAUUGAUGCAACUACAGCAACUGCCGAUCGAUUUAUCGGGUUCAGGGGACCAAGUGGUUGAGCCGGUCCCUUCAACGUCGUCGGGGGACGUUGAGAUAUGGAGAUUGUUGACUCGGCCGGCUCGUCGCAAGUCGGUGUACAAUCGUUGGGUGCGCUGUCCAGCCCCGGAAGGGGUUCAGUCGACACCUCAGGCGCUACAGGAACAUUCGAAAAAACGGAAGCGGUCCGAGUCAGCAUCCGGUGGAAGCCGAGGUGUCCCUGAACCGAAGAUUCAUCCACAGAAAGAAAUUAAGUUCCUGGAGCAUUCCAGGGUCCGGGUUAUCUGUGGCGACACCAUGGCAGUAAACGUGCCAUUCAGAUUGACGUUCGUGGAGGGUCACACCUACCCAUUACCCUUCACGGAUCCACUGGUGGGUUUACUGGCGCCGAUGACGUCCUUGGAGGCAAGCUGGUUGGUAGGAACCUUGCCUUGGCCCUUGAUGGGAAAUUUCAUUUUUGAGUCCCUGUUGGCGUUGGUCGUGGCGAUGUGUCCCAUGCACCUAUGGGACCUGGCGGAAGGAUCACCUCCUCGCAUAAGGAUAAUAAUCGAGGAGCUGUGGGACAAAUGUUCUUCACGGGUGGCUCGCUGUGUGUACUGCGGCAAUGGUCGUCGAGCGCAGCAAUAA